CCACAGUCUCUAAUGGCUGAACAACAACAACUCUCAGCGAGGAGCAAACUUUUCCAAACUUCCUCAGACACAGAACAAACUUGGAAGUAGAAUUCAUUUUUCCGACUUUUUUUUUCAAGAUUACGCCUAUUUGAAUUUGCAUUUAGCUAUUCCAAAUGAGGGAUUUGUGAUGGAUCAUCGCCAUGACCCUCGCAGGGCCGGCGGCUCCGGGACGGAGUCCCCGGGAUCGGCGGCUCAGUCCCGCCGCAGGAAGAUGCCGCCCAGACCUGCUGAUUUCAAACUCCAGAUCAUCAUCAUCGGCUCCCGCGGUGUCGGUAAAACGAGCAUCAUGGAGAGGUUCACCGACGACACUUUCUGCGAAGCCUGCAAGUCGACCGUAGGAGUUGACUUCAAAAUAAAGACAGUUGAGUUGAGAGGGAAGAAGAUCAGGUUACAGAUCUGGGACACUGCUGGCCAGGAGAGAUUCAACAGCAUCACAUCCGCCUACUACAGAGGAGCCAAGGGAAUUGUGCUUGUUUAUGACAUCACAAAACAAGAGACGUUUGAAGACCUUCCUAAAUGGAUGAAAAUGAUUGACAAGUAUGCUUCAGAGGAAGCAGAGCUUCUGCUGGUUGGGAACAAGCUGGACUGUGAGACUGAUCGCAUCAUCUCCAGACAACAAGGAGAGAGGUUUGCCUCUCGGAUAAGUGGAAUGCGCUUCUGCGAAGCUAGUGCCAAGGAUAACUUUAAUGUGGAUGAGAUCUUCCUGAAGUUAGUGGAUGACAUCCUCAGCAAGAUGCCUCUCGAAGUUCCCAACCAGGAGCUUUCCAACAGUGUCCUGUCUCUGCAGCCUGAACCAGAAGUUCCACCAGAGUUGCCCCCUCCCCGCAUACGCUGUUGUUGAGCAUCAAAGCCCCGCUCCUCCCCACCAGCUCAUACAAAGCACACACCCUCACUCACACAUACAGUGUACAAAUCUGGCCACGAGGGGGCAGCACACAGCAGCACUUUGUAAUUGUUGAAAGCUGCUGUGAAUGAUGCAUGGACUCCCAACUAAGCAGUAUUAUCCUCUUCCCCCAUUCCUUCCCCUUGUUUGUUACUGAACACUAUGAUAUGCAGCACACACUAAUACUUAGGUCUGGAGAAUCACCCACUUCCAACCACCUUUCUGUCUGCACAUGACCCAGACUACCUCAUUGUUGAGACAGUUAGGCUAUCUGUACUUUCACAGGUGCCUUCCUCUGAUAGAAGUUGCACAUUUUCUGAAGAGGGAGAAGUAAUGAGGGCCUUACAGCUUUUUUUUUUUUCCCCCGUUUGUUUUUUUACCCCUUCUUAUCAUAUUUUGACUCAUACUUGACAGUAUGUUUAACAUUGUCCAAGUCAGGCCAAUAAUCUUCUCUCUCACAUGGAAAAGUGUCAUGUUUCCCCAGCUUCGGUAAAACUCUGGGUCAAUGGUCAAAGUAGUUUUAUAUCUUAUGUAUUAGUUUUAGGUCAUAGGUUCAGUUGAGGUAAACAAAAGCACAUUGUGUAAAUAUGGUGGGGUGCAGCAAUGACUGGAUGGGGUGCAGAUAUUUGUAACCGGCAAUAGGUGGUUGUGUGGUGGUUUUGAUAUCGGGUUGUAUUGCUCUGCCUUUAAAGUAUUAAAGUGGCUGGAAUUGCUAUGUUCAGAUUUGUGAUAUUUGCACUACGAUCCAUCUUAAGUAAAGCUGACAUGCAGGAUAGGAAAGCACACUACUCGUAGUUUAGCGCAGUAACGGUCAGCAGUGGCAGAUGUCGGCUGUUUCACACCCUUAGUUCUUCGUGGGAUGGAUAUUUGAGGAGAGAUGGGUAAUGUAGUCUCUGAGUGAUGUGUUUGUAAAGGGGAAUUCUCCAUGUGUGUCGCUGGUUUGAGGUAAUGGAAACCAUGAAAAACUAUCCCACUUACAUGGUUCUAUCCUUUUUGUCCUUCCAAUUAAUAUUUCUUUAGUGUUUUGAUGCUUCUCCCUUGAAUUAAAAUAUAGUAGAGGAGUUUUCCUUCCGGGGGAAAAGUGCAAGGUUUGUUCAGUGUUGGAAUGACUCAGGAAACUGAUCGGCUUAUAACUGCACAUGUUUUUGAUAACACUCGGGUUGUUUGAGUUUUAUAAUGAAUUAAAGGUCUGGUGUGUGUGACGCAGUGACAUCUAGUGGCCAAGUUGCAGACCGCAUCCAACUGAAUAACUACUAAGUUACCUUCACUCUCCAGCCAGAGUAGUUUUUCCCAUCUGGGUUAUUCCUGUAUCAUAAUUUUGGGUUAGACUUUGGAUAUAAAUUGCUUGUUCUCAGAGUUAAAAUUUUAAAUUGAAUUCCUGCCUGUAGAUCAUCCUACUUUUUUGACAGUGCAGCAAAGAAAUAGAAGGAUUGAUUUCAUGAAAUGACCCGUUUACGGACCAGCACAUGGAUGAAAGUGUAAUGUCAUCCCUUCUGUGUUCAUAGACAUUAACAGUCCUUUUCAUUUUUGUCUUUUAUUUUGAAAUUUUUGCAAUAUAAAAAGUGUAGCACUGAUUGUUUCUGUUUUGUUGUAACAUGCUGAGGAAAAAGCUGUAGUCUGGAGGUCAAGAGGGAGGAGCCCACUCCAAGGACCCGAUUUGUAAUGACUCAAACUGACUUCAUAUCAGUUUUACAAUUGUAAUUAAAGUUUUGUUGAAUCUACAUCAUUUAAUAAAAUACUCUUAACAGAUGAGUGGUUUCAUGCCAAAUAAUGAGAUUAUCAGCCAGCAGAAGACUUUGCAGCAUUGGAGUAUUUUAUUUUUUGGGGAAUGAAAUCUUUCAUUUGUCAUUCUUGACUCUUUAGCACUAACCCUGUGGACUUUAUUUUGACAGCCAAGCCUAAUACUACAUUUUAAAAUGCUUUUAUUUGCAAUGUGUAUUCUUAAAACAUGGAAAACUGUACUUUGUAUUUAACCUGUUAUAAAUCUUUGACAAGUUUUGGCAUGUUUAAAGCAGAAUUGUAUUUAUAACUUGUGGCAUUCUUGAACUAAUGAAAUGCAAUUAAAGAUGUCUAUAUUUA